AUGGGGAGCCCGCACUGCGUCCCGCUCCUGCUCCUGCUGCUGCUGCUGCUGCUGCUGCCGCCACUGCCGCCGCUGUGGUUCGCACCCUCGGCCGGGGACGCCGCAGUGAUCACCGGGGCCUGCGACAAGGACCUUCAGUGUGGUGGAGGCAUGUGCUGCGCUGUUAGUAUCUGGGUUAAGAGCAUAAGAAUUUGCACACCCAUGGGCAAAGUGGGAGACAGCUGCCAUCCGCAGACUCGGAAAAACCAUUUUGGAAAUGGAAGGCAGGAACGAAGAAAGAGGAAGAGAAGAAAAAGGAAAAAGGAGGUUCCAUAUUUUGGGCGCAGAAUGCAUCAUACGUGUCCUUGUAUGCCAGGCUUGGCCUGCCUACGGACUUCAUUUAAGCAGUUUAUUUGUUUAGCCCGGAAGUAAUCACUUCCGAGUAGAAACCUUCAGUGUGAACAGCCACAUGAUAUCUGUAAAGUCUUAACUUGUGAUUGUGCCAGACGGGAAUACGCCAGAAAGAAAGACUCUUGCUUUCUCCACUUUCCAAGUGACAUUUUUGUCUUUGAUUUUUAAAUGCUGUUUUCCUAUUGAAAGGGAAUUUUAAUUUUGGAUGGAAAUAUAAAGUACAAAGCAGUACGGAACUGGUUCUCAUUUCCUUGUUUGUAUUUUGGGUUGGUUUGGUUUUUUGUAAUGCCAGUAACUCACCCACUUUCACAAAAGUCAGGAAAAUAAGAACUGACAUUUUGUUACAGAGACAUUUUUUUUUUGUCCAGCACCUUCUGUCCCUGCCCCAUGGCCUUGUGUCUCUUGUCUCUUAGUCCUCAAAGAAUUGUAAAACCUUCACUCUUUCUAUUUGACUUCCUGCAUUUAAGAAAUGAAACAUUUAACAUUUAAGAAAGGAAAGUCUAGAGCCUGUAGUUUGCUGGGAGAAUCGCUCGUUCAAACUGACCUCUCUGCCUGACACUUAACAAUGACAAGAGGCUGUAGUUGAACUGGGUACUCCUGGCCCCUGCCCUACAAGGCAGGUUGAAAGAGCUUCUAGAAUUUUCCUUCAUUUGUCUAGUCCAGUGGAUUUCAAUUCUGC